GGUAGGUUUUGAGUAAGUUAAUAGAAAGAGAUGGAAAUGAGAGCAAAGCAAGACAUAGAAAUAGGAGACGACAUAACCCCACCUCUCCUUCCCCUCUCUUUUUCCCUCCACGAUUCCUUCCUCUCUUCCCAUUGUUCCUCUUGCUUCUCCCCUCUCUCUUUCCCUCCUUCUCCCCACCACUAUGGCUCUCUCUACUGCUCCGCCCCCUGCUCCUCCUCCCACUCCCCUAUCUCUUCUUCCUCCGCCGAAUCCUUCCUCCCUCUCACCUGUCCCCUCUCCUCUGACCUCCGCACUGCUCUCCGCCUCCUCCUUUCCCUCCCCUCCACCUGUCCCCACCUCCACCGCUUUACCAACGGCCUCCUCACUAACUACCUUAAGCUUACCUCAUCUCCCGAAUUCGCCGCCCAAAUCCGUCAGGGAGCAAUUGCCAUGGCAGCCGCUAGGAAACUACGAAAGGGGCUCAGUUUAGACCAGAGCGACGACGUUUUACUGGAAGAGGCCGUCUUAUGCUUAGUUGUAACCAACGCCGUGGAAGUGCAGGACGAGAGCGGACGUUCUCUAGGAAUCGCUGUAUAUGAUCCUAGCUUCUCUUGGAUCAAUCACAGUUGUUCGCCUAACGCUUGUUAUCGAUUCAUAGUUUCGCCUCCCAAUGCUACGUCGUUUGGGGAGGACUCCGCUUCCGCGCUACGAAUUGUUCCUAGCGUUUCAGAGGAAAACUUUGGUGUUUGUAGCUGUUCUGAGUACAAUAAAGGAACAGAAGGAUACAAAUAUGGUCCGAAAAUAAUGGUGAGGAGUAUAAAAAGAAUAAAAAAAGGGGAGGAAGUUUGUGUUUCAUACACUGAUUUGCUUCAACCAAAGGCAAUGAGGCAAUCAUACUUGUGGUUUAAUCAUCAAUUUACCUGUUCUUGUAGUCGAUGCACUGUGUUUCCUUCAACUUUUGUUGACCAUGCUUUGGAGGAAAUUUUGGCUUCCAAUCCGAGCUUUUCAAGUGCAGGCCUUGACCUCAACCUUUAUAGGGAUGAAGCGAAUAAAAAGUUGUCUCAUUAUGUGGAUGAAACUAAUACUGAGUUCUUAUCAGUUGGUGAUCCUGAAUCCUGUUGUAAGAAGCUUGAGAGUGUGCUAGAAGGAGGUUUUCAUGUUGAGCAAUUAGAAAGCGAGGAUGGAAAAUCACGGCUCAAUUGCAAGUUUCAUCCCUUUAACCAUAUUGCUCUCAAUUCUUACAUGACGCUUGCUUCUGCAUAUAGAAUACGUUCAAGUGACUUCUUAGCCUUCCAGUCAAAAACAGAUGAAUCUCAAUUGAAAGCUUUUGAAAUGAGUAGGAUCAGUGCAGGUUACUCUCUGUUGCUGGCAGGUGCAACUCACUAUUUGUUUUGCUCAGAAUCUUCUUUGAUUGUGUCUGCUGUGAAUUUCUGGAAACAGGCGGGGGAAUCUUUAUUAACCAUUGCUGGAAGUUCUGUCUGGAACUUAUUGGGGUUGCCUAAAUCAGAGCUGUCGACAGUUGUGAAGUACAAAUGCUCUGAGUGCUCAUUGAUGGACAUAUUUGGUGCCAAAUCAAUUCUUAACCAAGCCGAGAGAACAAAUUUCGAAAACAUAUCUAGUGACUUUCUUGCUUGUGUGAGAAGUGCGUCGCCAAAGUUUUGGAGGUUUCUCAUUCAUGGUUGCCAUUACCUUGAAACAUUCAAAGAUCCAUUUGAUUUCAGAUGGCUUGCACACGCACAUUGCGUUGCAGAGGAUGUUGAUUUCAUAAAAGAGGACAGUAAUUGUGAACAUCAUGCAGAAUGGUAUACUAAUGCAAGGACACAUAUUUACAAGGUUGGUAUGCAUUGCCUAGUGUAUGGUGUAAUUUUAGCACACAUUUGUUAUGGACAGAAUUCUCAUUUAACCACUCAUGUUCUGAAUCAUGUAGAGAACUUUGUGCAUUGAUUAAUGAAAACUAAUUAAAUUGUGAAAUACAA